AUGCAAUUGAAGUAUUUGCGAACACUUUUAGAGGGGCAGGAGCAAAUCCAACGCAUUGCGGGUCUCGCCUGGUCGCCCAAUCAGCAGAAAUUGGCCAUUGCCACCGCUGAUCGUCAUAUUCUGCUCUAUGAUGAUGCCGGCGAGCGGCGGGACAAGUUUAGCACCAAGCCAGCAAAUGCCGCCAAUGGCAAGAACUCCUAUGUAAUACGGGGUCUGGCAUUCAGUCCGGAUUCCACAAAGCUCGCCGUUGGCCAGAGCGAUUGCAUUGUGUACGUUUAUAAGCUGGGCGAAUCUUGGAACGACAAGAAGGUCAUCUGCAACAAGUUUCCCCAGGCAGGCGCAGUCACCUCUCUCAUUUGGUUGACCACCGGUGCUAUUAUAGCAGGUAAGGAAAGACACGUUUUGAUUACAGCCAAUUGCAGUCACUUGUUGUUAUCAGGACUCGAAGAUGGCAAAGUGCGUGCCCUGCACUGCAAGAGUAACAAAUCCCAGAGUCUCUACGGUGGCGACAGUAUUUGCAUCUCAUUGGCGGCCAAUACCAAAGGCAGUGGAUUUCUCAGCGGUCAUAAUAAUGGCACCAUCAUACGCUAUUACCUCACGGAGGAGGCCACCGAACCACUGGGUCGUGUGGUACAGCAUCCAGUGCCACCGUUUGCCCUGGCUUGGCCCCAAGGCGGCUUCUGUGCCGCUGGCUGCGAUCAGCGUAUUGUUUUUUACGACAGUGUGGGGCGUCAGCAGCGCUGCUUUGAUUUCUCCCGCACUGAGGGGGAGCGGGAGUUCACCGUGGCUGCCUGCAGUCCCAAUGGACAGGCUGUGGCCUUUGGCAGCUACGAUCGCAUACGGAUAUUUGCUUGGAGUCCGCGUCAGAGCGCUUGGAGCGAGAGUGCCAGCAAGGAGAUUAGCUGUUUGUAUACGCUGAGUGCACUGAUCUGGAGACGGGAUGGGGCACGUCUCGCCUUGGGCUCGGUUAGUGGCGCUGUGUUGAUGUAUGAGUCUGUGCUAAAGCGGACCAUCUGGCAGGAUAAGUUCGAGCUGAUCUUUGUGGCGCCCAGUCAACUGCUGGUGCGUUUGCUGGCGGAGCCCACACAGCAGAUGACCAUCGAGUCGCAGCUGGGAUUGGAGAUUGAUGAUGUGCGUAUUAUGGGCAAGGAUAACUUUCUGAUGGGUCGCACCGAGGAGUCACUCAUCCUGUGCGAUCUGACACGGAAUCUGGUCAGCGAGGUGCCCUGGACGGCGUCUGGACGCCACGAACGCUUCUACUUUGAGAAUCCCAAUGUGUGCCUGGUCUUCAAUGUGGGCGAACUGAGCCUCGUCGAGUAUGGCGACAAUCGCAUCCUCGGCUCCGUGCGCACUGAGUUCGUCAAUCCUCACGUCAUCUCCGUGCGCCUAAAUGAGCGUGGAAAUGGUCGCGAUAACAAAAAGCUCGCCUUUCUGCUCGAUGCCAAGACAAUCUGUGUGGUGGAUCUGGUCAGUCAGCUGGUCAGCGGUCAGAUCAAUCACGAGACAAAGAUCGAUUGGCUCGAACUGAGCGAAACGGCCCACAAGCUCCUCUUUCGCGACAAGAAGCUGCGCCUCAUUCUCGUCGACAACUACACCGGCAAGAAGCAGACGCUGCUCAGCAACAUCUCAUUCGUGCAAUGGGUGCCGCAGAGCGACGUCGUCGUUGCCCAGAGCAACAGCAAUCUUGCUAUUUGGUACAACAUCGACCUGCCCGAGCAUGUCACCAUGCAGAGCAUUCGCGGCGAGGCCAUCGAAGUGCUGCGUGAGAAUGGACGCACUGUGGUGCGCACCCAGGAUGGACCCAGUGAGCACAGUUAUCAGCUGGACGAGGGCCUCGUGGAGUUUGGCACCGCUGUCAAUGACAAUGACUUUGGACGCGCUGUCCACUUUCUGGAAUCGCUGGGCGAUAAGCCGGCUGCGAAGGCGAUGUGGCACAAUCUGGCCAUCAUAUCGCUGGAGGAGGGUAAUCUGCGUGUGGCGCAAAGAUGCUACGCAGCUUUGGGGAACGUGUCCAAGACCUACUACCUGGCCGAGAUGAUCCAAGAGGCGGAUGAGUUUGAGCGGACCACUGGCAAUCCGGGCAUACUCUGUCCCGAGGUGCGUGCCAAGCUGGCACUACUCGGCUCCGAUUUGCGAUCGGCGGAGCGCAUCUAUCUGGAGCAGGGGGACAUUGAGGCGGCCCUGAAGAUGUACCAGCAGUUGCGCAUGUGGGAUGAGGCCGUCGCUCUGGCGGAGAGACGAGGCUAUGUCCGCUUGCCGGAGCUGCGACAGCAGCAUAUGGACUUUCUGCUGGAGACGGAGCAGCAGGAGAAGGCCGGCCAGGUGCUAGAGGAUGAGGGUGAACUGCAGCAGGCAAUGGCACUGUUCCUCAAGGCCAACAAGCCAGCGCGAGCCGCACGCCUUGCCCUGAAGACCCCACCACUGCUGCAGGAUGAGCAGCUAAUGCUGCAGGUAACCGAAGGAUUGGUGCACUCCGAGCUCUUCGAGCUGGCUGGUGAUAUAGCCCAUCGUCUGUCCCGACCGGAGGCAGCGUUGGCCCUCUAUAGGAAGGGUGGAGCCUAUGCGAGAGCUCUGGAACUGGCUCGUGUUGUGUCGCCACAGGAGGUUACAUCACUGGAGGAGCAGUGGGGUGAUUGGCUGGUGAGUCGCAAGCAGCUGGAUGCAUCCAUUAAUCACUACAUCGAAGCGGGCGCCACACAAAAGGCACUGGAGGCAGCUGUGGGCGCCAAGCAGUGGCGCAAAGCUGUGCAGAUUGCCAAGGUGCUGGACGAACCGGAACUGAUACAACGCUAUGCAUUAGAUCUGUCCAAGCAUUUGGCUUUUGCUGGCGAUUUGGAUGGCGCUGAGGAUCUGCUGGUGCGCGCUAAUCUUUACAAGGAUGCCAUUGAGCUGCUCAAUCGACAUGGCAAAUGGGAGCGCGCCUAUGUGCUCGGCGAGAAGUAUCUGAAGACGGAGCAAUUGCGCGAACUGUUUAUCCAGCUCGCCAGCAGCCUGGAGGAUCAGGCCAAGUACCGAGAUGCUGAGAAGGUACUAAUAGCUGUCAAUGAACCGGAUCUGGCCAUAGCUAUGUAUAAGCGUCGCGAGCUGUACGACUCGAUGAUCCGGCUAGUUGAACGCUAUCACAAGGAUCUGUUGGACAGCACACAUCUGCAUCUGGCCCGCCAGCUGGAAUCGCGUGGAAAGUUCAAGAAUGCCGAGCUUCAUUUCAUUGCAUCCGGCGACUGGAAGUCGGCGGUGCACAUGUACUGCUCCACGUCCCGCUGGGAGGACAGCUAUCGGGUGGCCAAGCAGAAGGGCACCGAUGGCGCCAGCCAACAGGUGGCCUACAUGUGGGCCAAGUCCAUGCCGGUAGAGAGCGCAGUGCGUCUGCUGAGCAAGCUGGAACUGCUGGACACAGCCGUGGGCUUUGCCUGUGACUCCGGCCAGUUUGAGUUCGCCAUGGAGCUAUGCCGCUUUGCGGGCAAGCCAACGGAUGAGGUGCAUCUGAAGAUAGCCAUGUCGCUGGAGGAUGAGGGCAAGUUCGAGGAGGCCGAGGCGGAGUUCCUCAAGGCACACAAGCCCAAGGAGGCGAUACUGAUGUAUCAGCAUGCCGGGGAUUGGCCAGCAGCGCUCAAUGUGGCCGAGCAGCAUCUGCCGGAUGCGGUCAACGAGGUGCUCAUUGGCCAGGCAUCAGCGGCGCUGGAGACGCGCAACUAUCAGGAUUACGAGAUGCUUCUGUUGCGCGCCCAGCGACCCGACCUCAUCAUCGAGCACUACAAACAGGAGUCGCUCUACGACGAUGCCCUGCGCAUUGCCGAGGAGCACUAUCCGGCCGGAUUGAAUGAUCUGCGCCGGCUCCAGGCCCAACAGCAGCGUGGCCAACUGCAGGGCGAGGAUGCCACUGGAGAUUCGCGAGCCUAUCUCCAGCGUGCAGCGGAGUUCGCUAAGCGGGAACAGUUCCGCAAGGCGGCCGAGUGCCUGAUGCAGAUCGAUGCCAGCAACGCAGAGGAUGCGGCAACGCUGGAGCGUGCUCUGCUCCGAGCCGCCGAGAUAAUCAAUCAGUUUCUGGAGGGCAAGGAUGCUCAGGAACUGGCGCAGGAAUUGGGACCACGUCUGCUGGCCAUCAAACAAAUCGGACCGGCUGCUCAGCUAUAUCUGGCCGCAGAUCUGCCCAAGCAGGCGGUGGACGUCUUCAUCCGUGCCGAGCAAUGGUCCAAAGCACGUCGCCUGGCCAAGGAGAUCGAUGCGGAACUACUCGCCUAUGUGGAGCAGCAGCAGAAAUCGCGACUCAAGCACGAGGGCAAUGUGGAGCAGCUGGCGGAUAUUGAUAUCAUUAGUGCCUUGGACAUGCUGGCGGAGCAGGGUCAAUGGCAGCGCUGCCUGGAAAAGGCCAAGCAGCUGAAUACAUCUGUGCUGCAGAAAUAUGUGGCUGCCUAUGCGGCUCAACUCAUACGGGAAGGUGACUGUAUCAGCGCCUUGGGUCUCUAUCUCAGCUAUGGGUCACCACCCAUUGAGGAGCACUUCAACAUCUACACGCGAAUAGCCCAGGAUUGUCUGGCGCUGCGCGAGGAGCAGUCGGAAACCGGCGGCUUGUGGCAGCGUCUGCGUAACUUUCUCCAUGGACUCCUGCAUGGACUGCGCAGCUCCGAGCACGUUGAGUCCAAGUUUGCGGCCAGUGCGGAACUGUAUCUGCUGAUUGCCCACUAUUACGCGACGCGUGCCGCUUGCCGCCAGGUGCCGUCGCUGCAGCCGGUGGCGGUGCGUUUAUCUCUGGCCCUGCUGCGGCACACGGAUGUGCUGCCGGUGGACAAGGGCUUCUACGAGGCGGGCAUGGAGCUGAGGCAGGCGGGACGUGAAGCUGAGGCUUUUGUCAUGCUCAAUCACUACUUGGACGUGUGCGAGGCCAUUGAGGAGGGCUCCGGCAAUCUGGUGGAUCAUUCCGAUUUGACAGCCACCGAUUUCCCGAGCUCCGUGCCACUGCCGGAGGACAUCCACCUGAAGAACGAGCCCAGUCUGCACGAGGAGGUGCGCGAAUGGGUGCUGGCCGUGAGCAUGGAUCAGCAGGUGGAUCAACUGUUGCCCACCGAUGAUCGUGGCCUCUACGAGUCAAGUUUGGGUACACAGGACAGAGCCUGCCUGCUUAGUGGGUAUCCAGUGCGUGGCCGCCAGCCAGUCACCUUUCAUUCGUCCAACAACCAAGUGAAUCGCGAUGUGUGGAGCAAGUUCGCGGUGGCCGUUAAGAUGGCACCUAGCAGUGGUGUCACCGAUAUUAUUGGCUUUGUCGAGAAGUGGCAGGGAGCUGCCAACUAUGUAAUGCACUAAAUGUUCGAACUGUCCUUACUAAUACCCAAUAUGCAUGCAACUAAAUAAAUAUAUACUCUAUUUAA